AGUUUACAUGCAUUCAUAUGUGUGUAAGGAAAACAUACUAUAUAGCUCACCAACUAACCACAAAAUGUUAGUAAAAAUUGGUUGAACAACCACAAACAAAACAUGCCAAUUCAGCUCAACUUCCAAUUAACCAGCCACAAUUUUCCUUCCUAUUCAAACCAUCCUUCACUUCUAAAACCUAUAUUUAAACAUAUUAUAUCAUGCUUUAUUUAUCCCUAAAGUUUAUGUUUCUCUUGAUUUUUAACUUUUUUUCUGCAAUGGCUAGCAACAGCAAAAUGGUGGUAAACGAGCGUUUCGGGGCGGAGAUUGUACACGGUUCCGAAAUCUGCUUCAACCAUUCCCUACAACUCUUGGAAGAGCUUGGAUUUCCCAAAGGUGUUCUUCCCUUAAAGGAUCUUGUAGAGUGUGGAAGAGUUAGAGAAACUGGCUUUGUUUGGAUGAAACAAAAGGCACCAAGUGAACAUUUCUUUGAAGGGACAAAGACUCUUGUGAGCUAUGGAAUUGAAGUCACUGCCUAUGUGGAGAAGUUCAAGAUGAAGAAAAUGAGUGGAAUUAAGAGUAAACAAAUGUUUGUUUGGGUGCCUAUAAGUGAAAUGAGUGUGGAUGGUUUUGAUGGAAAGAAGAUGUAUUUUAAGACUCCUUUGGGGAUUGGUAAGUCUUUUCAUGUUACUUCUUUUAUGAGUGUGGAGGAAAAGGAAAAGUAUAAGAAGUUGCAAUUGAAGGAUAAGGAGGUGGAGAUUAAAGAAAAUUAAUUGGUGACUAAUUUCAUUACAUUUUGUAUUUGUAUGUUUUUGUUUUUGGAUUCAUGUAUGUUAUUGACUAUUUGGUUAUUAUGAACUAUAGAGUAUAGUGAGAUCUUUUGAUAGUUGAAAUUUAUCAACUAUAAAUUAUGAUGUAUUACUAUAUUUAUGUUUUUCUUCUUCUU